AUGGACGCUUCUAUAUUGGUUCUUCCGGAGGACGAGGGCUCGGCCCAGGCCUCUAUUACACCUACUGCAACAACGUCAAGCCAUCAGAACUCCGGAAAUGCUGUUGCUGGCACUGCUGGGAAUACCAUAAAUACUGCCGAAGGGUCUUUCCAUGACACGAUCCCGGCAGCCACCGAGCCUCUCGCUUUUCCAGAAUCAGCCUCGGUCGACGAUUUUCUCACCGACCUUGAUGAAGGCAUCGAGCCCUCACUCGAGCCUACUUUAUCCGAUUCUUCAUCCACAAUUGCCCCAUCCUUUGCAUCUUCUACGAUCAAGAAAGUCACAAGCAUUGCAUCAGCAGCCGCUUUCUUCGCCGAAUGCUUGGACUCGAGGCCCUAUCGAAUUUUUUCUGUGCGGACGUUCUGCGAGAGCUUAGUUAACAGUCGUCGUGCUGCUAAUGCCAGGAUCGUGUCCGUUCAACGAUAUGGGGAUCUUCAAGGGGUGCCACAUCGAUUUCUCAUCAUGCAUGUUACUCGAGCCGAUGGAAGGGAGUUCUACCUUCGGUUGGAUCGCAGACGGGACCGCCAAGUUUCCUGGCUGUUGUUUGGCGUACGGGAUUUGGGAACGUCACGCGCGAUAGAUACGGCUGCAGUUUCUGGUAGACUCGACCACCUUCUUGACCACACCAACAAGAAGUCGGGCGUAGAGGCCAUCAUGAUCUUCCCUGCUCCCGUUCCUCUGAUCGCGGCUGCGCAAGUUCUGUACGCGAUCGCAGCAGAAUCUCCUGAUUACAAGCUAACCAAAGAAAUGUUGCUGCGGAGGUUCGGGGCAAAGUAUGAGAGAGGAUCUCUUAACCAUCCCACAAUCGGUGCUGAGAGACGAGACCGCAUCACAGUUCUGACAUAUUCGCACAUCGCAAAAGACAUUAAUGCCAAAACGGAGACAGUCAUAAAAUUCGCUGAUUUAAUGGAAAAUUCAAGGCUAACGAAAGCUGUGAAGUCUUUUAUCGAUACUGUAAACUACCAUGUGAGAGAAUAG